AAAACUAAUUGCUGGUCGUGCCUACACCAAUUCCAGUUGACUCCAGUCGGACUCCAGAUGUGAUAUUAGCCCUUCGAGCUGCACUUUAUUUAUUCGAAAUAAUAUAAAAUAGAAAUAAACAUCGUGUUUCUUUAUCCUUUUCUAAGCCGCGCGCCAGGGGUUUUGUUAUGGAGAAUACCAUACAUGAUGGAAAUGGAAAUACAAAACUUAACCUAUCAUUCAAGCAGUUGGAGCUGCUCUACCAACAGUACGCAGCUCUUUUUCGAACGGAGGAAGCUGAGAACAAAGAGGAUGAAUUCACAGCAAUUCCCGCAGCAAUACUUUCAGACCUGGAGGAGACUACCACGUCUGCAAUGGAAAAGAAGCUCAAACGCUAUGUCAGAGACCUACCUCACUAUGAAGACAAUGAAUGGACAACACCUGAAACAAUCAACAUAUCCUUUCGCUACAAAGACGCCGAUAAGCUUAGAUACGCAGCAAAAGCAGCUUCAAUACUCUCUGAAGAACUGGAAUUCAUCAGCACCAACGGAGGCGAUGCAACAACCUUUACAAACGUCGUAGAAAAGGCUCGAAGAUUGACAGUGUAUUCGCUUCAAACAGCAAAAAACAUCGAUACCGACGCAAGAGCCCUCGCAACAAAGACUCUUAGACUCCCUCAAUCACACAGAUAUAUAAAUGAAGGAAGUUUGACAACACAAAUUGUCAAUGAAAUGACAUUACAUAUCCGACAGCUUAAAGAAAGCCAGUCAAAAGUAGCAAAGCUUGGAACGAUUAGCUUAUCACAUUUAUGCCCUGUAAGAACCACGUUUGAAUUUAUGAACAAGGCCUGACAAUUGCGAUCAAAAUUACCAGCAGAUCAUAUACCCUUCCUUGCCAACCUUGUCCAACCAGAAAAGAUAAAAUCUGUCAGCCCUGUAACAGUCGCUAACAUCGUAAAGAGAAACAUGAAAGCAGCAGGCAUUAAUACCGAUAUCUAUAGCCCUCAUACGCAGAAAAGUGGACAUGAUACAUAGAAAG